AUGUUACCAAGAGAACAUGUUAUGGAAAAUAGUGAUGGUGAAUUACCCCCACCCAAACCACAAACACAUGCAUAUAGACCGUUGAGUCAAGAACAAGAUAUUCCAUUUCUUCAAAUUGUAACACCAAAUCAAAUGUUAAAGGUACCCCAAGUAUUUCAAGAUCAAUAUAAAGGUUUAUUGGAAAGAUGGGCACUUCAAUGUAUCAGAAAAAGUAAUGUACCAUACACACAAUUAGUACCAUACAAUUUUGUAUUAGUACUGUUAGAAAUUGCAAAAAACGGUGAUAUUCAAGAAUAUAGAGAUUUUAUUCAAGUUAUAAUGGACUCACAAAAUAGUCAACAAGAUGACGAAGCACCAAGUGACCACGAUGAAUUUAAAUCAAAAAGAAGAACUGCAUUACAUUGGGCUUGUAUGAAAGGUCAUAAGUCGGUUGUAACAACACUUUGUUCAUUUGAAGAUUGCCAAAUUAAUGCACAUAAAGAUACAAAUGGUAAUAUGCCUAUCGACUUAGCCAUAAGCAAGGGCCACGAUGAUAUUGUAAAAUAUAUUGAAACAAAGUUAAAAGAUGACAAAUUAUUUGGUGGUUCAGUUGAAAAAUAUGACCAAUUUUGGAUCAUUGUGGGUAUCAUGACAAUUUUAGUUCCAACUGCGGUAAUUUGUAAUUUCCCAGCUAUUUUUGCAUAUCCAUUGGUUGGUGGUUGCGGUUUCUUUAUUUUUAAACAUUUACAAUAUAAUUACUGGAUUUCAGAAAGAAAUAAUUGGUUCCUCCCAACUACUUUAUAUGCCUCUGUAAUGUUAUGGUAUAUGGCCUAUAUUAUGCGUAUUGCUCCAUUGGUAAUGGCUAUUAAUAUGGUUCCACAUUUAAUUGUAAACUCUAUGGCCUGGUUCUUUUUCAUUUAUUUCAUAAAACUAACCAAAGAAAACCCAGGUUCAGUUUCAAAGCAUUUAUCAAAACAACAAUCAAACCAAACCUUUAUGGAGUGCCUUAAUGAAAAUCGUCAAUUACCUCUUAUUUGUCCAUCAUGCUUAAUCAAUCGUCCCAUUCGUUCAAAACAUUGUCCAACUUGUAAAAUGUGUGUUGGAAGAUUCGAUCAUCAUUGUGUUUGGAUUGGUAAUUGUGUUGGAAUCAACAAUCAAGCUUUAUUUAUUACAGUAUUAUUUUCAUAUGUUAUUUUGGUAGUUUCAGGUUUUAUUACAGUUAAGGAUUAUUUCACCUAUGAUGCAAAUGCACCAAAGCUUUCAGAUGGCUAUUGGGAUUCAUUUAAAUACUUUUAUACUUAUCAUACAUUCAUUUUGAUGUAUGCUAUCUAUGGUAUUUUAAUGAGUUUUUGGAUUGGUAAAUUAGGUCUCGCUCAAAUUAUUUCAAUUGUCAUUAAUAGAACAACUUACGAACAAAUUUUACAAAUUAGAGAGUUUGAAAGACAACAAAAAGAAGGUUCAAGUCAUGCUCAUGGUGGUCACGGACAUUCCCAUGGUGGCGGUGCUGAAUGCAAUCAUGCUCAUGGUGGUGACGCAAGUAAUGCCGCUGGUAAUAGCUCCACUGAAAACAAGUCUAUUGAUAAAUCAUUCCAAAACCAACAUUUAGAUUUUGCAAUGUAUAACCGUGGCUUUGUUAAUAAUGUAAAAGAAUUUUUAUUCGACACAAAACAAUUCUAUUUCAAAUUUACAAAUAAUCAACAUAUAGUAUAA